AUGCGGUGAGAAGCUGUUGCGUUCCUUGGUCAUCAUGCCUAUUGAGGAGGAGAACUCUGGGGAACCUGUGUGGCAGUCUGUGCUAAUGUUUGGCUGUAAGGGAAUGAUCGAGGCAAUCAUCGUUCUCUUGUUUCUCUGGCUGCUGGUGCAGGUGCUUUUCACGAAGCAACUUGAAGUCCACCUACAGAUUCUGUUGGGUGUGGGCUUGGUGGUCCUUUGUUUAUCCCUUAUACUGGGCUGCCUAAUUUGUUGGUUAAAAACCAGACACAAACCACAUGAAGACAAAAAGACUGUGAGAACCCCACCUCCCCCUGAUUCUGUGGAUCAUGUGACUGUGGCAUUAAGUUCCUCCUCUUUAUCUGGAACCACAUUUACCAAAUUGCAGUAUGAGCAGCUGGAAGGAGAGGUUCUAGACUACCCGUCUGCUUUUGAGAGCUCUACACCAUCAGAUGAAGAGUUCACUGCUUUCUCUGAGGUUAACAAGCAGACGUCAUGCUUCCAAAUGAGACGACUCAGUUCUCCAGCUGUCUCCUCUUCUCCAUACAAGCCCAUGGUCAGUGGCCGCUCCUCUCUCCCCACUUUACCAAGACUUGGUCUCCUUGCGAAGACUCGGAAGGUUCUGGAACGCCACUGCACUGUGGCUGGGGAUAGUUACUCAAUCAGUGAACACAGAAGGCUCACUGUUCCUAACCUGCAAUCACCUUGCACCCUCUCUCAACUUCAAACUCAAGGCCUACUACAGGAAGAAACUUUAUUACCUAACUAUGGUUCAAAUUCUUGCAGCAAGACCUCAAAUCCCUUCUUACACUUCACCCUGACCUUCUCUUCAACACAGAACACCCUCACGCUCUCCUUAGUUGGUAUAACUGGUGUGGUCCAUCACCUAGAAGAAGUGACUGUCCAGGUCAGGCUUCCUCCACUUUGCCCUGGACCUCUGGUUAUAUCUGCCCAAGAUUACAACCUUAGCUCUGGACUCUAUAAACAGAACUUGGCAGUCAAUGUCGGAUCUUUGGAAGGGCUUAAGAGUUGCAUACUCAGACUGACCAUCUUCACUCAGAAUAAUCCAAAGACAUCCCUAUUUGAGGAGCUGGAAGUUUGCUGCAGUAGUCUAGACUGGACACCAGACAAGCCUGUCACCUGCGUUAGAGAACUAAGGCAAGUUGUGGACAAGACCAAGGUCACUUCAUAGCUCUUGUUACAAGACUACUCUUAAAUA